AUGGAAGCGCUCAAGCUCAAGCGCAAAGCCGAGAGAUCGCAGCUAACGCGGCUUAUUAACGACAUCGAAUCAACGCUUAGCCAAGACAGUGCUACGGAAGAGCAGCUUUGCAUCCUUAGCCAACGCCUCAAUCAUCUUCACACCGACUUGAGGGCAACUGACUCCGACAUCGUACCUCUGCUCUCUACCACGGAAGCUGCAGCAGAGUUUGAUCGGUUCAACCAAGUGAUCCACAACAACGGUGGCCUCACCGACGUCGACAAGUUCACCUAUCUACGCUCAGUCUUGACCGGCGACGCGGCAUUGGCGAUAGCGGGACUUCCAGCAACUGCGAGCUGCUACAGUGAUGCCCUGGACAUUCUAAAGCGGCGCUUUGCUAAGGACGACUUCAUCAUUCAGGACCACAAGCAGCGACUCAUCGACUUGCCACCGAUUCGAUCCCCCAAUGACCUUCGUGGCCUUCGAAGCCUCUACGACACUGUGCAGUCCCAGACACGUGCCCUCAAGACUCUCGGGAUAUCCGAAGGUAAUUAUUCUUCGAUGCUCUACCCCAUUCUCCUGAAGUCGCUUCCUCACGAUAUUGUCCUCGAUUUCAACAAGACCAUCGCACGCCAGAGUUCCGAGGAAAGGGGAGGAGCUGGAAGCACUGGCGAACAAGCACAGCGCACCCAGCAACAGAAGCAGUGGGAGGCACAACUGUCCAGCUCGGACCUGGAAGAGCAGCUGGUUCUCCUGGAUGAGGUCUGGCGGGAGGCUACAGCCAGCCGGGCCCUUGACUAG